UCCGAUUUUUGAAGAUUAACAUCCAGACAUCACUUCCUUAAGAGAAAUACUUUUCUUUUGGAGAGGGGUAAGCAAUAGAAGCAUGGACCAGGACUUAACCCUCAUCUUCCAUUUGAACUUGUUUGUGCCACGAGCGUUCAGCUGAGCUGUUCUGUUAGUGAAAGAGGCAGUGAAGCGGGAUUUAUAUUUUGUAACUUUUAAUCUAGUUAAAAUUCAUACUGAUUAAGACAUAUAUAUUGAUAUUUACCUUAAAGUGCCAGCGUUUUUUCUCUAGAAUAAAAAUACAUGCUUUUCUUACUGGAUUUCCUUAUCAGAAUCCCUUGACAAGACUUUAUUAAUGAAGAUUCUGCUAAGGAUCCCAGAGGAGGGAUAGCAUCUAGGUUGCUUUUAUGUAGUUAUGUCUGUCCUCUAUCUGUGAGCGGGUCAGCAGGUGUGACCAAAAACAGAAAAAUGAGGCAGAAGGCUACUGAAGAAGUUCUGUUCUGUUGAGCAUUUUUCUGUCUUGCUUGUAGUUUUGUAGGUGGUUGCCCUAGCAUCUCACCACAGUUACCUAAUGUACAGAGUUCAUCACUGGAGGUGCCCAGGCUCAGGAACUUAGAGCACAGUUCUAACAGCCAGCUGUCAGGAUUUAAGUUCCUCAAUGGACAAGGUGUUGAAAAGUGCCUCCAGCACUGUGGAAGCAUGGAGACAAAGUAGUAGCAUACUGAGACCCUCAAGAAACUACUGGGCAAACUGAUGGCAAUGAAGAGCUUGAACCAUCACUUCAGGAUGGCGGCAACUGAAUCUGACAAGGACUCGGGAUACUCAGAUGGAAGUUCAGAGUGCCUGAGUGCUAUGGAGCAGACUGACUCGGAGGAUGUGCUGAAUGCGUUGUGUUGGAAUGCGGAGGAUGGGCCUUGGCCAUGCCCGGUGACCACAAGCAACUCCUUUCCUGCGCUUUCUCCUAUGGUGGUAAUGAAAAAUGUUCUUGUUAAGCAGGGCAGUUCUUCCCAGCUCCAGUCUUGGACGGUCCAGCCAUCAUUUGAAGUGAUUCCAGCUCAGCCACAGCUAGUGUUUCUUCAUCCAUCAAUCCCACCUCCCAUUAACCCUCACCCUGCUGGGAAAAAGAGAAGUGACUCCACUAACUACCUGCCCAUCCUGAACUCUUAUCCCAAAAUAGCACCACAGCCUUGCAAAAGAGAUCACUCCUUUGAUCUAGAGGAUCGUCAGGAAACCAGUUGCCAUAAACGACUCUGUACAGAAGCACCCAAGAUGGAGACUUCUGUAUCAAGGAGCACAGGUUUGCCUACUAGUCCUUUUGCCCACCUACCAGUUAGCUUUAAGACCCCUCAGGAUUCUAAUCAGCAAAAUCCUUCAACUCUGGUGACAAGCGGGAAAUUGUCAGCUCUUUCUGGUUUCCAUCGUGUUUCUGCUGAUGCUCAGAAACUCCCAGGUCUGGCUCCCCUUUUGCCUUUUGGAACUCUGCAGGCAGCAAAGUGCACCCCUCACGAGAAUGAGAGUGGAGCACAGGCUCCAAUGCAAUCUGCAGUGUGGAGUCCCCCGUUGAUACCAGAAGAGACUUGCACUACCCCUGAGCUGCUGUUGCAACAGCAAAGCAAGUGCAGACGUUUUCAGAACACGCUCGUCGUGCUACGCAGGUCAGGAUUGCUGGAGAUCACUUUAAAAACCAAGGAGCUCAUUCAUCAGAACCAGGUGACUCAGGCCGAGCUGGACAGGCUGAAGCACCAAACACAGCUUUUCAUAGAGGCAAUAAAGAACAAUGCUCCACAGUCAUGGGCAGAGCUAGAAGCAUCUCUAACAGGAUCAGAGAAAGCUAAUAGCAACCUUGAAGACUCGGCUUAUCCAAACAUGUAGUAAGGUACAUAGCUGUUAAGUUAUUUUUGUGCCUCCUAUUUCAUGUCUCAGGCUUUUGCUUGAGCAUUCUCUGAGUCCAAGACUUGCAAAGUGGCAUGCCAUUAACAACUUAUCUUCAGUGCUGGUUGUGGGACUGGAAUAGCACCGUGGGAUCUUGACAGGACGGGUACUUACUACUUCAGUGUGCCCUUGAACCCCAUGCUAACUCUGCAGUUACUUGGACUUGAGAAGCUUGGAUGUGCCUGCUGGCAUGUUCUUGUUCUUGCUGUGAGAAGACAGUCAGUUGCAGUAUUCUGCUAGCAUGCCUCUUCCUGUUUCCAUCUUCAGGUAGUUCUGAGAAUGGAACAGCAGAACAGACCCCAGUAUUGGGCCAUCAGCAGUUGCAAGUAGAUGAAAGGAGCUGGUGUGAGGAGAGGAAGCUUAGGUUUGUGGGGUGGUAUGUUUAGACUGUCACUGUCUUUGUUUUUUUUGUUUGUUUGUUUUUGUAGCAGAGUCUUGCUUUUAGGGCUAUAACACAUUUGAACUAGCGGAGAUUUGCUCGUGCUGCAGCAGUAUUCUGUGUUCAUUGCAGUCUUUGACCAAAGUGAAGAGUAUCUUAGCAUGUAAGUGAAAUGACUUGUUUUGAUGAGUGUAUUUUUGAUUUUGGUCUGUGAAGAUGAGUAAAAAUUGCAAGGCUUGUGUUGGAAGUGUUUGUUCUAAAGCCGUGUUUAUUUGCACUACCCAUUAAUAGCUAAGAAGUGCACAAGCCAAGUGGCUUUAGAUUUUCUUGGUAGACUGCAGAGGCUGUUUAAAAUAUGGUAUAAGGAAGAUAGUCAUUCACCAGAGUUGGUUCGCCAGGGAGACUGGUUGCUUACCAUUUUAUCUGUGUAUCUUUAACUUACAAGACUAAACUCCUCUUUUGCUGUGAAAUCAGAUUGCUAAGUAUGAAAAAAGGAGAGAGAUGAAAGGAGAAAGAGCAUGAUGGCUUGUGGUGUAAGAAGUCCUCCCAUCUCCCCUCCCUUUUGUUAUUGAGAGAAGUCAGAUGAAUAUAUCUAUUAUAAAAAAGGUGUCAGCUUGGAUAAUCUUCCUAAAAACUUGACCUACUUGAGUUGGAACUUAAAGAAAUAAAGCAAACACCAAAACCACUUUCUUCCACAUCAAUUUAUCAUUCCUAGCCUGCUUGCCUUGAAAUAUAGUUACACUGUGCAUAAGAUGUUAGGCCUUAUUAGUAGACAUCCACAAUAGUCACGUUGCAAAAGCUGUUCUAUGGAUGCUUAUUUAAUUUCAGCUUAUCUAGGCACUUAACUAUGUCAGUCCCUCCAGUAUGGAGUUUUGUUUUUUUUUCCAGAGACAGGCUGCCUAAGAGAGCUAAGAAUGUCUUUUCCUAAGAAGGCUAAGAAAUCUGGAUUGUUUAUGGUGUGUUUAUUUCCACUUGAAAAUGCUUUCAAAAAAUUAUGUUGUCUAGGUCACUUGGUAUUUUGAUGCUCUGAUCACUUCUAUCAGCUGCUUCAGAUUUUUAGAAGAGGAACUUGAAAGUAGAACAGAUCUCAUGCUAAUUUAUGAUUAGACCUCUUCAUUUUCUGAUGCCUCUGAGAAUCAAGAUUGCAGAAGACUGUGAAGAAUGUUUUUAUAGUCUUCCUAAAAUACAUGCAUUAGAGAAAGUGUAAGGAGAAACCCCUUUGAGAGGGAAGCCCCCUUUGUAGAGUUAUUAAAAGAAAUGCCUCAAGAAGAGGAGAAAUGUGAGUCAUGUUUGUACUACCUAUAGGCUUAAAGAGAAAUUUUGUGGCAGGAUUCACCCUAGAGCCCUACUUGAACUGUAACAAACUCAUAGCAAUGCCUUUUCUGGUAUCUUGCCCACCUGCUGAAGGCUAGUGUAGUAUGUGGGAAUUUAUUAAGAGAAAAAUUUUCAUAGGCUGUGUUCUAUCAUGUUUUUGUCUAAAUAUAACUGCUACGAUUGUGUGUAAUAAUGUCUCAUAACUCACAGCACAGCAAUAUCCAAACUCCAGCAACACUGAAGGCAGCAUAAUACAGAGUAAUAAUGUAGGACAUACCCAGCUCUUCUGGAACUAAGUGUGAUAUCCCUGCAUUUGGGGACAUAGAUGUGAUGGUGCCUUGGGCCAUUUGCACAAAAGAAUCCCAGAAGGUAAGACUGUUUCUUCUGAGCUUAGAGGAAGGAGAGGAGGGAGUAAUUCCAUUCAUCUGAUACCUGUAAUAAACAUAAAGGUGAGGUGUGGGAAAGUGCAUAGGAUAUCUUUUCUAUUUUUCCUAAAAUUCUUAUUCUACCCAUCAAUUAUAGAGGGGAAUAGGAAGUUCAGAAUGUAUGUAUUUUCAGGAAGUGAUUGUUCUACAAAACAAGGUGAUGCAAUCAGACUUCCCUAGGAAGCCUGUUCCAGUGUUUGACCACCCUCACAGUAAAGAUUUUUUUCCUAAUACUGAGUCUCUUCUCUAUCCUGUUUCCACUGCUCUGAUGGAGUAAAAGGAAGGGAAAAACUGGCCUCACAGGGUGAUGCCCUUUGACUUAGGGAGACCAUAGCUGAGAAAACUCUUAGUCCACACAUACACUUUUCCCAACAGCACCGAGGGUGGGCUAAGGUGUGUGCUUAUACAGGGUGGGCAUUUCAGCUGUUGUAAUUUAUAUAGGCGUGUAUCUCAGUAAAUCUGUGAAUAAAUUCCAGCAGCUGGUUAGAAAUCUACUAGCCACCAGGCCAGACGUACGGUAUUUGCUGAACUAGAAAAAUCUAUUCUAGAACUAUUAUAUUUAAAUCUGGGGCCCCAUAGGAAGGAACUAUAUCCCUAGAUAAAUGUUUCAUCAAGAUUUUGAGUUAUAAAAAAGGUUGUUGAAGGCCCCUAAUAAUAAAUCCAUCCUGAAAUACCUUUCUGUUCAGUUUCUCGUAGCUGCCUUUAUUCUUGGAAGCCCUGGUAAAGCUUUAAACAUUAAGAGCUUUCCUUUCUUGGCUGCAAUUUAAUAAAAUAGGUUAGCUUGGAGCUGUUUCGAGAAAAUUAGUUGACUAUAUUAGGACCAGAAUAGAUCUUGAUUCUGGACAGGGUCUGGAAUUGGUCCAGUAGAGAUGAGCAGAAACAUUAGCCUCUGAUUGGAAACCUGUAAGCACUGAACUUACAGAUUUUUGUUGUUGGAAGGAGUAAGACUUUGUGUUAACAACUUAGCCUGAAGACAGCUGUCCCAGUCUAAAAGUGAGAUGGUUUCCUGGGGCUUCGGGUGCUGCUGACAUGCAUGCGUGGUAGCUUGAUGGCUCAGACAGACUGCUGUUUUUCUAUUAAGUUUUAAUAAACGUUGGUAUUUUUGAUUACUUUUGCUAUGUAUUUUUGAAGUUCUACUGCUCUAGUUGGAAUGUAAACAUUUUCUGUACUUUUAAGUCUCCAUUGCCAGCUUUGAAUAAAGUAGCCUAAGAACUCUGUUACAGAACAUGACCUUUUUGUUAAAUCUUUAUAGAAACAGACUGUGAAAUAUGAAUAAAAUAAAGUAUAUACUUGACAAGCCUAUGGGUUAGUCUAAUGCUGUUGAACUUCAAAGUCCUUAAUUCCAAAGCAUGCUUUACAUAGUUCCACAAGAGCAUGUUGCCCAUGUGGGAAAGUGCAGAUCACAAAAGUGAUACUAUGGUUCCUCUCCCAGGGGCGUCAUGUGAGCUUUACCAGUAUGUAUGAAUUAAAGGGUUCCUGGGAGGAGCAUGGGUAAAAGUGGGCUGUACAGAACACUAAAAAUACAUUGCGGUGGGUGACCAUUGCCAUAGAUCUGUCAUGAAAAACCUGGAAGAAUUUUUGAAUCUCUUAACUGUUAUCUCCAUGUGAUGACUGUACAUAAUGCUCACCGUCUGUGCGGGGUGAACUCCUACACUAUUGCAAUCCUGUCAGCCAGAUAUGCAGAAAUUCUGAAUUGUGAAGUUAGAGUGUGGGUAUCUUGGCUGCUGAAAGAAUUACUUGAGUGAAAUUUUACUCCCUGUCUUGAAAGAGAAAUGUUCUUCAACUGAAUCUGUAUACCAACUUUUCAAUAAAACACAUUUUUCAAAA